GGCUGCGGAGCCGCCGGAGCCGUCCUGCUCGCGCUGCCCUCCGCAGAGCGCCCCCUCUGGACAAAGAGGCGAAAUGCUCCCGCCUCCGUCGACUGCCUCCUUCCGAAGGCCAGGAGGAGGCUGUGCGCUCCGGCUCUUCCGUGGAGCCUCGACGCCGCCGGGCAUCGCGCAACAGAGCGCCUGGCGUGGGGAGCACAACUCGGGCUGCAGCUGUCCAUGGCCCCUCUCCUCUCGCCCCCAACUUCUGGGCGGGCCCCCAGUUGCCCCUGGUGACCAGCCCCCCCCCUUGCAGGCUGCGCCUCCCAGCCCUGUCGGAGGGGAGGGGUGGCAAGAAAGAGGCCAAGACGCCCAGGCGGUGCGCGGUGCUUCCUCCCUCCCUCCCUCUCGCCCUCCCACCAUCCGACCAUGAGGCAGCUCGGAGCGGGCUCGGCUUCCUCCAGUUCUUUCGCAGGCGCACCUGAAGGCCGGCAAGACCCUUCGCCGUCUCUCUCCGCAGGAGCUGUGAGGAAAGUGCAGUCCCACCUGGACCCGACGACGGCCACCUCGGACAGAAAGCGCCUCUUGCCGGGAGCUUGAAGCUGCUUCUCAUCAGGUGGAGGAAAGGCGAGAGGAAAGUCAGCCUUGCUUGGACAUCGCGGACGCCGCGCGCCCCUCUCUCCUUCCCUGGGGGUUGCUGGAGGGGAACCAGCUCAGCCAAGCAGAAGCAGCGGCGGAUGGCGCGCCUGGUUCGCUCGGCUUUCCUCGCCCGGCGGCUCACGUCUAGGAAAUAAGCGGCGGCAGUGGCAGCGGCUCCUUCCUACGGUAGAGCGCGGGAGACGUCCAUGAUUUGCUUGUUUGUUUCUUGAUUGCGCGUCUGAGCUGCCUGGGAGCCAAGGCGAAGCUCGGCAAGCCAAGACGGCAGGAAAGGCGAGACCCCGGGAGUGAGAGUUGUUUGCUGAUCUGUGGAGAGAGAGAGAGAGAGAGAACCAGCGUGGGAAUCCAACACUGGAGCUCUUUCAAAGUUUUAAAGUCGAGUCAAGCCCUCUUUGGGAAGACUCAGCAACCUGCUGAGGACCAGAAGAGAGAAAAGAGGAGAGGAGAUGAUUUCCUCCUCCUUCUGUUCCUCCUGCUGCAAUAUCCGUCUGAUUUGUUCCUAACACGGUGUUUUUCUUUACCAGACUCCUGUGCCCUCGAUAAACAAGCGCGCACCAGUUCCGUUGCCAUCUGCUUUCAGUUCUGCCUCAAAGCAGGUGGGCCGAAUCCUGUAGCUCUCCGGCUCGCCAGGCAGGCCCCUUUCCUUCCGUGUCUGAUCUUCGGCUCCCUCUCCGUCGAGGCACUUGUUGCUGCUCGGUGGCUGAGGAACAGAAGACUUCCCGUUGGCCUCCUCCACGCACGCACACACAGAGACACGCGCGCACACAAAGACGCUCUCCCCCUCUCUCUCGGAGGACGGUGCCUGCUCCGAGCUGAAUGCUAGUCCCGGCCCACCUCUGAGACCCACCGCGCCUGCCUGCCUGCCAGGAAGAGAUCGAGAGCUCGCGCCCUCGUCCAGCCGCCCAGCGCAGCUCCUUGCCAGACGGGAAGGGUCAUCGGAGGGCACCUGCGGGCCACCUAACCUGAUCUAUGAUCAGCUCGGUGUGUGUCUCCUCUUACCGCGGGCGCAAAUCCGGGAACAAGCCACCGUCCAAAACAUGCCUGAAGGAAGAGAUGGCCAAAGGCGAAGAGUCGGACAAGAUCACUAUCAACGUGGGGGGCACCCGGCAUGAGACGUACAAGAGCACCUUGCGCACCCUGCCAGGCACCCGCCUGGCCUGGCUGGCCGACCCGGACGCCCAGAGCAACUUCGACUUCGACGGGCAGAGCAAGGAGUUCUUCUUCGACCGCCACCCAGGCAUCUUCUCCUACGUGCUGAACUACUACCGGACGGGCAAGCUGCACUGCCCCGCCGACAUCUGCGGGCCCCUCUUCGAAGAGGAGCUCACCUACUGGGGCAUCGACGAGACCGACGUGGAGCCCUGCUGCUGGAUGACCUACCGGCAGCACCGCGAUGCCGAGGAAGCCUUGGAUAUCUUCGAGAGCCCGGAGCCCGGGGCUGGCGGGGCUGGCGAGGAGAACGAGGAAGAAGGAGCCCGGGAAAUGUCUCUGCAGCGCCUGGGCAUGGACGACAGGCCACCGGGGGCCACGGGAGCAGGAGGCUGUUGCCGCAGCUGGCAGCCCCGGAUGUGGGCACUCUUUGAGGAUCCCUAUUCAUCCCGGGCAGCCAGGAUAAUUGCUUUUGCCUCGCUUUUUUUCAUUCUGGCGUCUAUAACAACCUUUUGCCUGGAGACGCACGAAGCCUUCAUCAUAGAUGUUAACGUGACUGAAACACUGGUGACGGGCAACACAACUGAGACCUUUGUGAUGCGAAAGCUGGAGACAGAACCCAUCCUCACCUAUGUUGAGGGAGUCUGUGUCCUGUGGUUCACUCUGGAGUUCCUAGUGCGCAUCGUUUGCUGCCCAGAUAAAUUGGUCUUCAUCAAGAACCUUCUUAACAUCAUAGACUUUGUAGCCAUCUUGCCCUUCUAUUUGGAGGUGGGACUCAGCGGCCUCUCAUCCAAAGCUGCACGGGAUGUGCUGGGCUUCCUGAGGGUAGUACGCUUUGUCCGGAUCCUGCGGAUCUUCAAGUUGACACGCCAUUUUGUGGGGCUUCGGGUACUGGGCCAUACACUUCGGGCCAGUACCAAUGAGUUCCUCCUACUUAUCAUCUUCCUGGCUCUGGGGGUUUUGAUCUUUGCCACCAUGAUUUACUACGCUGAAAGGAUUGGAGCCAAGCCAUCUGAUCCGAGUGGAAGUGAGCACACCCACUUUAAGAAUAUUCCCAUUGGAUUCUGGUGGGCAGUGGUGACCAUGACCACAUUGGGCUAUGGCGACAUGUACCCCAAAACCUGGUCAGGUAUGCUGGUGGGGGCUCUUUGUGCACUGGCGGGGGUGCUUACCAUUGCCAUGCCCGUCCCAGUUAUUGUCAACAAUUUUGGAAUGUAUUAUUCAUUGGCGAUGGCCAAGCAGAAGCUGCCAAAGAAGAAGAAGAAGCACAUACCUCGCCCAGCGCCACUUGAUUCACCAACGUACUGCAAGUCAGAAGGCAACUCACCCCGCAACAGCAUUCAGAGUUAUAACAGCCCUCCGGCAGCUGCACCAGCAGGGGUGAUGGAGAGAAAAAGAUCAGAUACCAAGCAGAACGGCGAUGCCAACGUGGUGCUGUCGGACGAGGAGCAGCCUCUUUCGCCACCUCACGAGGAGAACCAGCCCAUGAGGCGCUCCAGUACCAGGGACAAAAACAAGAAAGCAGCUACCUGCUUUCUUCUGAGUGCUGGAGAUUUCUCUUCCGCUGCUGAUGGUGGCAUCCGGAAAGGACUGUUGAAUCCUCAGUGACUGUCCCUAGAAGCUGGGAUUGGCUCGAGCAAUUAUCCUGUUAGAAAUGUAAACUGGGAGAAUGUAAGCCGGGAGGACCUUCCUAUUUGCUGUAAUCCUGCUUGCUAUGUAUUCAAUGUGUGAAAACAUGUCAGAGGCAUCCCAGGGAUUCUCCACACUGCCAGUGUCAUCAUGGGCUCUCGUCCUGUACCAGCACCUGAACUCUCUUCCAUCAGCAGCAACAUCCUCUAAUUUUUUUUAUUGUGUUAACUGACUUGUUGGCUGGCAUAGCUACUGAGCUCCACUGUAGUAACUUAAAUGGUUCCUGGACCUUGUCAUAGAUGGACGUUGCUAAUCUUAGAUAACUUUCUUGCAGGCUCCUGCAGAUGCUUCAGUAUGUAAGUGCCAAGCAUUGUCUGCAGCGCUUGUUUUUUUAGACUCUGCCGUAUGUGCGCCAGACUUCUUCAAUGGAAAUGUUCCCUUUCUAAAAAUGAUAUUCGUGGAAUUGUUUGGGAACUGGAACCCACAAGACGUUGAGAGGAGAAGUCCUGACAGAGUAGCUUUGUGGACUAUUAUAACAGGAAAAAGGCAGGACCAUUAAACUGGAGAGGUGGCUAUGUUGCUUCCCCCCAGUGCUACUACUGCAUCCCAGACAGUAUUUAGUACUAUUAUCUCCUGUGCUGUACACAUGCCUCUUCCUGUCAAACUGUACCUAAAAUCUUAAUAAAGAGAUGUGGGAGCUGAAUUCUAACUUUUGGGUAUUCCUGCUGUUGCCUUAUUCUUGGUUACUGGGAAGGUUCAAGCUACCUAGCCAUUAGAGUGAAGUUCUACUGAGCUGCUGUGCCAGUGAAAUGGACUGUAAUUAUCUAGCCAAGAAGACUCUGGUGCCCACGGCAUGGUCUUCUUCUGCAUCCUGCAGCAAAAGCGAAGGCACACGCCAACUCCCUUUUGCACAGCUCACUUCACGUGUUAACCCGACUUCAUAGCCUCGCUUAAUUGAAAGGGCUUGCGCAAGGAUGUCACUGCAUGCUAUCUGUUUAUCAGCAGCAGUGGAAUUGGCUAAGUCACCUGGCAGCCUCCCUAUGAAGCCUGAGAAGCUCCAGGCAGGGUGGCGGCGAUGGGGCUGAGGUUGUUGUGAUUCAGCCAAGAGGCAAAGCAAAGACACGCCCCUUUUCUAUUUCAUCCCCCAGCAAUUACGUGUUUCAGCAUCAAACGAGAACUCUAGCAGUUCAUCCUUCCCAAUACUAUUAUGCUAGAUUGUUUGCAUCGCUGGGGAAUCCUCAUACACAGCAACCUGGAUCCAGCUCCCACAGAUUGCAAUGCAUGAGAGCUUGCUCUGUUUGUGUUAAAUGCAGGGUGUCUCAGCCGGGCGGCUUAACUCUCACAAAGCCUGAGGCUGUUCAAGGAAAUGGGACUGGAACUGAGGAACGUUGCUUUAAACCCAAACCCCACUCAGCCCUGCUGCUUUCCAUGAGCUGAGGUGAAAUUGUAGCUUCAGUAGCAUAUUCCACAGGAGAGCACUAUUUUCUUGCCUGCACCUUUAAUCUUACAGACACACACAUGGGGGCAUUCUGCCCCCCGCCCCCCACUUUUUCUCCAGCUGCAAAAGUUCUAAGGCUACAAUUGCUGCUUCUCAGCAUCAGUUGCACCCUUGAUGAUCCAGAUCAAGAGGACCCUGUGAGGAAGUGUCGGGAGGACCAAGGUGAGGACCCGAGCAAAGUGCGAGUAGGUGCUGUAGUUCUAGGAAUGCAGCUGGUAGCCAGAGAGAUUGCCAGAUCCACAAGUUCCAGAGUGUGCUGCUGUUUUUCACCUCGAGUGCCAGACCUUGACUGAGAGAAAUGUCAUUCCAGCUUUCCUGCAACAGCCUCCUUCUCAUCCUCUGCUGCAGGCAGGAAGGCAACAAGCUGCAGACAAGAGCCAGAACUGAGCUGUCCCUCAACCUUUGAUCUGAGGUCCAUCUUUGGCAACAACAGUAGCAGACUGGGUUCGGCCCUUAUUGUAUCUCCCUGCCCUAGAGACCAAGGACCUUGGAGAGCUGCCAAGGUUCUCUGGCUGCUGGCACCAGCCCUGCUCCUCCGAAGCCAAGGCCCUCAAUUAAACUGGAAAGAAAAACAGCAUCAAAUCCUGAGCAAUCCAAGCUUUGUGGCUGAUGGCCAAGCGUCAAUUACAGAUAAAAACUCUCUGACGCACAGAGAGAAACUGUAUAGUGCCCGCUGAGAUGGGGAAAAGCCAUUUGUAAAUCCGGAUGGCCUGAAAGCUGCACUGCUGGGUCCAUAAUGACAUUGAAGGCAUUGCUGGGGUGCUAAUGAUAUUAUACAGCAGGGCUUGUUUCCAAAAUUGCUGCUGAUCAAUAUAAGCAGAUGCAACUUUCGAUGCCGGAGAAAAAUAUGGGAGCUGCUCUGUACGUGGUACCAGCUUCCUCGGUGACCAAGGCACUGGUUUAAGUGCAGGUAAGUUGGAGGGCUUGUCCACAUUUGAGCAUUAUUAUUUAGCAAUUUAUGCACUUGUCACCCAUGCAAAUUAGACCAAUGUGGUCCAUUCCCACAUGUAUUUGGAUGAAUAUUGAAGAGCAACUUCACUCUUUCCUGUUCCUACCAGUAAGCAUUCCCCUUUGUGCUUGUAUCCGCCUUCUGAUUUGUUGAUUCCAUUAUGCCAAUUAAGUACUGACAGGCCAUGCAUGUGCACCUUGUUUUGUUUUUCUAGUCUACCCAAGACAUGUGCAAAAGUGCACAGGAAAUUGUAGAUUUGCUUGUGGAGUUUUCUAGUUUCAUGCAAAUCUGAGGAAUCCAAAGAAUCACAUACACAAGCUUGUGAUGUGCCCCUACUAGAAUGCUAGAAAAGAAAUGAAAGCAGCUGUAAAUUCUCAGCACACAAUUUUUCAGACUGCCCAAUAUAUGAUUCUGGCAUAGAAGUUUUUUAUUUCGUUUGCUUGUGCAAUGUUCUGGUUUUGUGCAAAUCUGAUGGAUCAAAAGAGAAAAAAAGAAACCCCACUGGAAAUCAUUCCAAGCACAGCCAGAAAAGUAAUGGAAGCAAUGAGGAAGUAGCAGACAUGGAAAGGGGAGUAGCAUAAAGUGAAAAUUAAGCCACACACCCCAAAAGAAUGAAACAAAUAGUCUGCAACCCUGAGUGAAGUGGCUGGAAGCUUGAGUCUCCACAACUUGUCACAUUACCUCUAUCAGGUAAACCCAAAUUUACAAGGGAAGAAUUAUGUUGUUGGAGGGUAAUGUUAUGUGGACUAUACAAAUUAAAUGGGAAUGCUAACACACAGUCAACUCCAGUGUGGACAAGUCAUAAGAGCUACUUAAGUACAGAAUGCUCCUUAAAUGAAUCUGUCAUGAAACUCACACUCCAGCAUUCAAAUCCAACUUGACACCAGUGAAAGAAAAGGAACAUUAGAAAGGUGGAGGAAUCGAACCAUUAACCCAGGUUAGUGACUGAAAGGAUACAGUUAAAAAUGCAACUCUGUGCAUGCUUACUUAUGUAUAUGCUUCCAUUAGGCAGAAUGAGGCAUCUGCCUCGAGAUGCUGAUUUUGGAUGUCAAGGGGUUACUUAAUUUAUUAUGAUUGUAUGUUUUUUUUUAUUGCCAUGGGGUGGUGAAAGGGCUUGGGGGACUUUGUGCUUCAUGUGCCAAAAUAACUUUAUUUUGGGUACCAUGUAUGACCCCUGUAAGACAGUCACCGUUUGCUGCUGUUCCUCAAACAAUACGGAACUGUAUAAGCAGCACUUUUGCACCAAAACUCCACAGACUGUGCUCUUGUCUUAGUGUUUCAGGUUCCCUGUACCUCUCCCUCCUAUAUGCCACCUGCUCCCUGAACUUUCCUGCGGCUUCCUCCUUCCUCUUCUUACUCACCCCACCCUCAAAUUUCUGUUUUACCUUUCACCUACACAAACCUUCUUUAAGUUGUCAAUUGUAAUUGCUCAUGCAAAGACUAGAAGUCCCUGGAUUCGACUAGAACAUGAACAUUCAGAUAUCUGUUGUGACCCAAAACACAUAGCUCUGCAGGGGCUAUGUUCCACCAGCUCCCUACAUGACAUUUUACUAAUGCUCAACAGAUACCACUGCAAAGGAAACACGUUUUUUGCAAUUUCAUCACCAAAGGGUAAGAUAUCGGGAAACACUUUCAACUCUCUGAAAAGAUCUCAUAGCCCAGCAAGAUUGUAUGUGCAUUAAUGACAUCUCCAUAUGAACUUAGGAGCUGUCAUUUGAAUCUUCUCCAAAUCUCUCUGCCUGCCAAAUUUGAUUGGCAGUGGAAGGAAACUCUUUUUACUUCCUUUAUACAUUUACACUUACUGCCUUCUACCAGCACUUAGGAAUGCUUCUGUCAAACACAGUGAAGGCUUGUGCUGAGUGGAAUUCAAAUGGUUUGCCUUAAAUUUCUCCUUACAUAAAGGUGCCGAAGGUGCUAGCAGGGUGGGGUGUUAACAAAAAGCUAGGUUGCAACAUGAACCAUGGGACUCGGCAAACACAUAUAUCUGGGGUAGUAAUAUUGUGUGUGUGUGUGUGUGUGUGUGUGUGUGUGUGUGUGUGUGGUUAGAUUUGGGAUGGGCCUAAGCAUUUGUUUGGAGGACCUCUGUUGAAAAUAUUUUUAUAGGGUGUGUGCUCAUUACAAGAUGAAACAUGGUGAGGAUACUAAAAGGUUCUAAUAUACCAUGCUUAAUGGUUCACUUGUGGUGGCCACACUGAGACAAAGAAUUCCAGAGAAUGCCCCAUUCACUGCACACUGUCUCUAUAUACUCAAAUAAAUAUUUCAGCUUGGUUUAUUUGCAGGUCUUACUUCCUGGAACAAGAGCCUCAAGUUCGGGUUCGAAGUACCCAAACUAUAUACAUUCGGUGUCUAAAAUAUCAAGCAUUCCAGUCAGGCUUUAAGGGUCAGAAGCCACCCACAAUGUUCUUCAGCAGCAGCUGGUAACUACUGGGCCUGGGGGAGCAGCUAACGGGGUCCCUCGAGGCCAGAGGGUCACCAGAGGGGCCCCCAACAUUUUAUGGUUUUCUCCCUGUCCUUCUCCUUUGCAAAGAUACUAUUACACACCACCCCAAUCUCCUAGCAGUGUGAGAUUCCAGGGGUUCCAGGCGCUUACCCAGGGUCCGUGUUUCCUUUUGGAAAUGAGGCACAGCGGAGACUGGGGGGUUGUUUCUUUACACAUAUAUACAACCUGAGCUUAUGGUGGAGAGGUUCACAGUAUUGACAUCCCAAGAGGGUCUUGCUUCUCCCAUAGUUGCACUAUUGGACUCAAACUGACCUCAGCCAUGAUUCAGACUCUCUCUCCAGCUUGCUUCAUUUUACAGAAUGUCACAUGUACCAGAUAUCAUGCAAAAAUGCCAAAUCCUAAACUCAAAUCUAAAACUCUACUUACUUCAAAACUCUCUUUUGUCUUCUAAACUACCGUAACUCUGAGUUAAGGCAGGGCCCCCUCCCAUUUGGCUUUCUCAAUGGCCCAUUACCUUCCCAAGCGAUUUGAUUUAAUGGCUCAUCUCCCAAGCGAUUUACCAGGCUGGCCUGUCUAUUCUAGCAAUUGAAUAUGCACUAGAUCCAGGAAUUACAAAGGGGUCCAGGCAUCCAGGAUAUUUAAGCAGUAAAGUGCAAAAUGUAGAUAGGGCUUUGCCCCUGUUGACCAGGCCUCCCAUGAAUCUUGUAUAUGUUCAUUUAAGUGUGCGUAUGCAUAAGUAGGUAUUUUCUUUAUGAAGAUUGGGGACAGUUUUCCUUAAAAGUUCCCUCAAGGCCACAAAGCCCUGGAGGACAAAUGGCAGGAAUUAGCUUUUGGAAUAAAUUUGCCCCUAGACAAUAACAAAGGAGAGUGUGUAAAGAUUUGUUAAGCAGACAAAAGUAAUGAUUCAAUUCCCAGGGAAGGAAAGGGGGCAAGCAAACUAGACAGAAGAGCAGCCUUUUGAGAGUGUUCGAAUUUUACAGAGAAUGUUAGGAGGAGAAGGAAGGAAGGAAAUAAGUGAAACCUAAAAGGUAAUGGGAGCUAGCUAGCAUAGGAGAUGAGAUAAAAGGCCAUGAGACCACAGAGGAAGAGAAAAGAAGAAAGCGCAGAAAGCAAUGGAAUGAAUUCACAAACCCCAAAAUAGAAUCUUCACUCAGCAUGCCUGGGUUUUUUGAACUUGUGAGUAGUUGCUGAAUAUAAUGAGAACAUUUUGGUAAAGAAAAGUACUUUGAAAGGGGGCUCAAAAGAGCUGAUGAGACAAAGACUUUUGAUCUAGGAAAACAACCCAAACUGUCAUCUAACAGGAUUGAAUCCAAACAGAUGUCAACUUUGUUUUUUAUUUCUAGUCCACAGUUCAGACAUAUUUCCCCCCAAUCAGAACUGAAAGACAGUAUUUGUGUAGCCUAAUCGCAAACUUGUGGGAAAGAAUCAAAGAGAGAAACUGAAACAUUCAGCCUAGAUUGUGGCUGCCUUAUGGGGGAAACAUCAUGCCAUCAAUUUCAGUUUGGCAUGGAGAGGAGAAAACUCAGGGGUCGUAUUCUUCAAAUGCACACACGCCUGUCCAACCUCUGCUGCAAGACUUCCUAUGGGGAAAAGGCCACCCAGCCUCUGGGCAAUUACUUCCAUUGCUGAACUGCUGUUGCUGUGAAGAUGCUUCUACUAAUGCUUCUACUAAACCACCGAGCCUCUUGGGCUUGCCGAUCCUAAGGUCGGCAGUUUGAAUCCGCACUACAGGGUGAGCUCCCAGUGCUUUGUCCCAGCUCCUGCCAACCUAGCAGUUCGAAAGCAUACCAGCACGAGUAGAUAAAUAGGUACUGCUGUGGCGGGAAGGUAAAGGGCGUUUCCGUGCGCUCUGGCACUUGUCAUGGUGUUCCGUGUGCCAGAAGUGGUUUAGUUAUGCUGGCCACAUGGCCCAGAAAAGCUGUCUGUGGACAAACGCCAGCUCCCUCGGCCUGAAAGCGGAGACGAGUGCUGCACCCUAUAGUUGAAUUUGACUGGACUUAACCAUCCAGGGGCUGUUUACCUUUACCUUUUACCAAGAGCGUGGAGGGCAGGGCAGCAGGGAGCUUGGCACAGUGUGAAUUUGGCGGCAGAGCCAAUCUGACCCUCCAGCCACUGUGCCAAGCGUCCUGCUGCCUUGCUUCUUUCCCUCUUGGGAAGCAGCAGCAAGAGGUUGUGUGGGAAGCUGGGAGAGCAACACAGAUCCACGCGACCUACUGCCCUCUUCUGCAAAUCGCACUCUCCUCUCUAUCCUCCAUCCAGACAAGCAAGAGGCAUUAUCAGAGUUCAAAGACACAUCCCAGCCAAACAGAAAUAUCUGGGGUGCAAAGCAGAGAUUUGAGCAACUGAACUCAAUUAAAGCAAGACAUAACAGUGGUGGCAGUCGGUGGAGAAAAGAGCAUACAGUAUUUUCUUUCAGAAAACUGAAAACUGCCCAAGUGAAUUUGUUCAGGUUGUCAUGUUUAACCAUACUACCUCUCCAAAGGCCGCUGGUCCUCCCUUCUUUCAAAGUGCCCUUAAAAGGAGAAGCAGAAAGCCACAGCUUUGUUCCAUACAUCUUCGCUGUGCCUUGGCACAGUGAGAUGGAAACUAGAAACAAGGCCAGUGCCUGAACUUAUUGCAACGUGAAAUCAUGUGACAUUGUCACUGGAGGUGAUGAAUGGUCAUGAUCCAGCUAAGGUUAGUUGGGGCUAAGUCUUGCUUUCAGUAGGACAAAGUAAAGUCAUAGGUGAGGAUUCAAUGCUGAUCUUACUCUGAGGAGACCCACUGAAAUUAAUGAACCUGACUUUCUUUUCUGCCAGGCCUUUGGAUCUGAAUUAUCUGUGGACUCCUUCAGUGGGUGUUUUAACCCUGCUUUUUUUUAAAAUGAAUAUGUUUUAGAUUCUUUUUGUUUUAUACUGGUUUAAAUGUAUGUGUUUUCUGUUUAUUGUUGUGUAAUAACAACGUAGUUCUAUUUAUUUCAGUGGGUCUACUCUAAGUAACAUUUAGUUGUUUAAAUAUGGCUUAGUUGGUAGAACAUGAGACUGUUUAAUCUCAGGGUUGUGGGUUCGAGCCCCACAUUAGGCAAAAGAUUCCUGCAUUGCAGGGGGUUGGACUAGAUGACCCUUCCAGCUCUACAAUUCUAUGAUUCUAUGGAUGUAACCCAGUGGCUUUAGUCAUAAAGGUGAAGGUAAAGGUAAAGGAACCCCUGACCAUUAGGUCCAGUCGUGACCGACUGUGGGGUUGCGGCGCUCAUCUCACGUUAUUGGCCAAGGGAGCCGGCGUACAGCUUCCAGGUCAUGUGGCCAGCAUGACAAAGCCGCUUCUGGCUGUAGUCAUACCAACACUAAAAGUUAAGCUCUGUUUAAUUACCUUUGAAUUAUGGUGCUGGAGGAGACUCUUGAGAGUCCCAUGGACUGCAAGAAGAUCAAACCUAUCCAUUCUGAAGGAAAUCAGCCCUGAGUGCUCACUGGAAGGACAGAUUGUGAAGCUGAGGCUCCAAUACUUUGGCCACCUCAUGAGAAGAGAAGAAUCCUUGGAAAAGACCCUGAUGUUGGGAAAGAUUGAGGGCACUAGGAGAAGGGGACGACGGAGGACGAGAUGGUUGGACAGUGUUCUUGAAGCUACGAACAUGAGUUUGACCAAACUGCGGGAGGCAGUGCAAGACAGGAGUGCCUGGCGUGCUAUGGUCCAUGGGGUCACAAAGAGUCGGACACGACUAAACAACAACAACAAUUACCUUCUAGGCUGGAAGAGCACUCUCAUGAGAUACCCACAUCACACAGUAAAAACAGAUAACAACAAUAAAAAUAACAAUAACAAUUGCAGCGUACAGUCAGAAAUGCUCUGGAAAUAUAUCUAUCCCAGAAACAAGAAGUACACAGUGUUAUUAGUCUAGAUAGAUUUAACUACAAUGCACCUCACUUGUUCCUGGAUAAGAGCCCAUUUCAUUUUCCCAUGAACAAUGGCAAAUUCUUAAUCUAGUCUGCAGUUCUUUGGUUGGACGCUUCUUCACGUGUUCCAUUCUGGCUUAAUUGUAGCUGAUUCAUAGAAAUUCUGAAUCUCAGCAGAAGCUACAGCCAAAGCAGAGUCAGUUUAAGAUGCUUACUGAAGUUCAGGAAGAGAAUGAAUGGUGUGUAUUUUUAGCCCAUGGGGUAGCUGAGUGGUAUUAAAAUUCAGUCUGUGUUACAGACACUUGGGUUGAAUCAGUAUUCCAGCAUGAGUCUCGCUCUCUUCAUACUAGCAUUUUCAACCGAGUGUCUGAAAAGCAAGUGUUACCAUGGAGACUCAGCUCCAGGGCAACAGCACUUCCUGUCAGAAAGCGGCUACACAGGUAGAAAUAUGGCCCAACAGAAACCUAAGCAGCUUUGAGAAUGUCAUACAGUCCAUCUCCACAAAGCAAAUGUCUUUAAUAAACUCCAUCUGGGAGAUACAGGCUAAACAAGAAUUAGGAUUCUUGGUCUGAAGAUCUCCUGCAGGAAAACAGGCUUCAAAAGGCAUCCAUUGAAGCACACUACAUUUCCCCAAAUUUUAUUUCUCUGUUUUUUUCAUACUUCCAAAAAAACCAAAGACCUUCUUGAGAAAGAGUCAAAGACAUUCUUGGAAGGAAUCAGAAAUGUGUAGAUGAAAUGAGAAUAGACAAGUGGCAAGAUUAGAAUAAGGACAACAAUUUCAAUAUUAGAACAGCAGAAAGUUGAAUGGGGUGACAACAGGAAUGUUUUGCCCUGAGGCUGAACAUACUUUUGCAUACACCCCAGUUCUAGUGCUAGUCCGGGUUUGCUUUGCUUUGGUAGGAGGUCAUUGGAGGCUUACUGGCAUUGUGUAAUAUUUGUGUGCAUUUAUAAAGGUGCAUGUUAAGCAUUAGCACCGUGAAUCUGCAACAGAUGCCCCCAAACCCACUGAAUCCAUGUCAGAUUUCAUGGAGAACAACCAGCAUACUAAGAUUUCCUUUCCUCAGCAAGGUCAGCCCACUCCUUUGCUGCCCUGAGGUCUUCACAUCAGGCAGUUGGUUAGGAAGGGCAUUGAAUUUGAACACCCAUCACCACCAUUUAGCUCUCUAGGAGUGCUGCUGCCCCCUUGUUCUUGUAGCAUAGUGGUCAGCUGUGUUCCUACAGGGCUCUUCAGUAGCAGCAGAUCACCCAUAUCUUGCUCUGAAGAAGGGUUCAGAGAUUGCCUGCCCCUCUGAUGCUUUGCCACAACAAAUGCUGUUUAAAGUAAGGUUACCAGACAUCCCCAUUUCCCAGGGACUGUCCCCAGAUUUACAAAUCAGUUCCCAUACAAAAUCCAUUGAAGUUGAAAAUUGUCCCCAGAUUCAUUGAAAAAAAUCUGGUAAUCUUAGUUUAAGGUUUACCUGUUAAUGUUUAAACUCUGCUUGCUACCCAUAAAUCUAAAAAGGAUUUGCUGAGACAGUGCUGGCAAAACAGCACUCUUUGAGGCUGCCUGGCCCACCUUGCUCUGCUCUGCAAGGACCCCACAUUCCCUAGGGUCAUUCAUCAGAAUGAGGCUUUGCCAGCUGGGAAACCUGGAUAGCCACAGAACACCUGCACUGCCACUGCUGCUGUAGCUGCAAAGU